CUCACUAUAACAACUCACUGAGUGGGGUAUCUUCCAUGGCAGAGCAGCAGCAGCUAAUGCUAGUAGUCUCCUCCUUGUUCAUAGCCAUCAUUGGCAGUACAUUAGUCUCAUCGGCGGAGGGUAACUGGUGCGUGGCCAGAAGUGAUGCUAGCUACCAGGCCCUGCAGACGGCGUUGGACUAUGCUUGUUGGUCCGGGGCCGACUGCACUCCGAUUCAGCCCAAUGGGCUCUGCUAUCUUCCCAACACCAUCCAGGCCCACGCCUCUUAUGCCUUCAACAGCUUCUUCCAGAGAAAGGCCAUGGCUGCUGGCUCCUGUGACUUCUCUGGCACUGCCACUGUGGCCAAAACUGACCCCAGUCAGUCCUCUUCCUCUCUCUCUCUCUAUUUCGUUAUGGAUCUUGUGUAUACCCAUCUUCAGCAAGGUAGGCCUCUGUUCUUCACCACCCUCUCUUCAUUUCUUACGGCGGGAGGGAUCGCUGCGCCGUCAACAUCAACUACGGCUGCAAACAACCCAAAUGUCCUAACACCACCAGGAACUACUACUCCAAUGUAUGGCGGCGGCACUGCCGGAGGUUUCAAUCCCGGAAUGACCCCUCCAUUGCCCCCUGACAAUUCUAAAGCUCAUACAGCGGCAUUCAUUGCCAAACCAUUCUUGAUGCCCAUUUCAUUUUUAGUUUUCCUACUUCUCUCAUUUUACUGA